AGGUGACCCGCACCGCCACCGUGGCCGAGGACGCCCUCCUGCCGUCGCUCAACAUCCCGCUGCCGGACCCGUCGCACCUCGCCUCGCGCAGGGUCUCGUUCCCCGAGCUCGGCGCCGACAUCGUCCACGAUUCCUGCUCAGACACGGACUGCUGUCAAGUGAACCGGCGACAUGGUGAUGGACAACGACACCUGGGAGGAGAACUGGCUCUUCAGGCGCCAGCGACUGGUGCCUGGAGGAGGCGCAGGAGGGAGCAUUGCGGCCAUUCAUGACCCCGUUACUAUGCUCAUACCCAACCCCGAGGCCCAUGUGCUGCCCACGGUCGGGAACAGGGACGUCGACGAGCUCUCCGAGUUGUCCGAGCAGCACUCCCUUGGGUCCGGAGAGCCCUGGAGUACGAGCGAGAGCGAGGGCGAAGGCGAGGGCGAGGACAGCUUCCUCCAUCAGCAGGCGUCGAAGGAACUCUCCGCUCUGGCAGGAGAGAUCGUCGCCGAGUUCGGGCAGAAGGACCAGGAAUACACCGUCGACUACAGCGUCCCCAGCCGCGUUUCCAGGAGCUCGGGGGCCAUGACGUCCCCUCCCCACGCCCCCUCGCACCGUCUUCCCCCCGGCGAUUCCCCAACUCGGGCGUCGCACCCCCAGUAUAUGGACAGGGGUCGCAGGGAAGGUCCGAGGGGCUUUGACCAAGGGGAGGUCGAGGACGCAGAGAGAAGCCCUGGGAGAUAUGACACGCCCAGGAGUGACAGUGACGGUCGCUGCGACGCGGAGAGACCUGUGCCAAAGCCGAGAAAAUUAUCUCUGGCCACUCCAUCCCCUGCCAAGCCCUCAGCCAAGUCCACGGCGCAAUAUCUCCCUUCUCCAUCGGAGGACUUGAGCAUCUUAAGUCCCCCCCUCGAAGUUCCUAAUCCCAAAGUGGCCCCGCCCUCGAGUGACACCGUGUGGUUCGUGGCUGGCCCUGAAGACUGCACGGUGACCCAGGGCCGUACGCUUAGACUUGUUUGUCAGGUCAACACGAAGAGACCCAUGGGCCUCAGCUGGUACCACAACGGCGCCCUCAUUCCCUCUGGUGGUCGAGAUCACUGGCAGUGGCGACAAGGUUCCUACCACCAUCUUCACGUCUUCGCCACCACACACGACACUGCUGGGGUGUAUGCGGCGGCUGCCUACACUGCCAACACCUGCGUCUGGGCCUUCUGCAGGGUGCAACACAAAUCUUCGUCUCGGCCUCAGAAGCGACCCUCUUUCACCAAGGGCCUGUCUGACGUGGUCGCUGAAGAAGGGAGCGAGGUGACCCUUCAGUGUCAGGUCACAGGUCAUCCCGAGCCCCGUGUGACCUUUUCGCGAGGGUCGGAGAAACUUGAAUCCUCUUCGAAAGUCUUUAUUGAGAGCGACCAAUACGGCACAUGGACAGUGAAGUUGUCCGAAUGGGCGCAACACGAUAGCGGGGAGAUCGUAGCCAGUGCCAGCAACUUCAUGGGCACAGUGGCAACCCGGUGCCGCGUCCGAAUCGUGCCAGAGGGAACACCCAUACCCAGAGACGAAACGGAUUCUCGCCGCUCCAUCUCGUCUUCAUCAAAGGCCGACCACCCAAGCGCCCCGGGCAGAAGGCACGGUUCCCACAAAGCCAGAUCCUCCGGCCAGGCCACGACCAACAAGCACUCAGCACCAGCUUCGGCAAACACGUCGCCCCACCGAGUCCCGCAGGAUCCGCUGACCACCUCCUCGGGCGUGACCACAGACGCAGACGACCUGGACGAGAUCCUGCAGGUGCCCACGAAACCAGGUAGACGCCCCAAGACACGUGGGUCCGCGUGUCCGAGUGCAGUAGACUCACAGCAUGAUUCCAGGGCAGACGCCACCGCAGCAGAGCGGGACAGGCGAGAACUCGUUAGGCAGGCUUCGGCGUGGAUUGACAGUGAAGAUGAUCGUGACGAGGAUGAGGAUAAUGAUGACGGUGUUUCCGAGCAGGGGUUGCAUGGCAGGAGUGUGACUUUAGGUCCUCUAGGUUCUUCCAGUGUGAUGGUUGAGGGUGAGGGUGGAUUUGGUAGCGAGGAUGACGGUGACGGUGCAAAGGAAACAGAAUUUCUCCCUAAGGAUCCCUCCGCUAGCAAGGGUUCUUCCUCCCCGCUGUGCCAGGAGGCUCGCAACGCCGCCUUCAUUGGGCUAGAAUCCUCGCUAGUCUCCCCUCAGAACGCUCUUACUCUCGACCUUGACUAUUGCCCCUCGAGCCAUGACGACGAUUCCUCUUCCUCCUCCUCUUCAGAUGAGGACGCCCCGACCCUUCCUAGGAACCCCCCACCGCUAGGCCCCUCCCCCUCCUCCCCCAUUAAAGCUACCUCCCCCACUUCUCCGCUAGGCUCCCACGCUCCUCCUCUCUCUAGCGUCUCGCCUCAUGCCUCUGGUGCUCCCUCACAACACCUCACGGAGCAUGAGGACGAUCCCUUGGCUGAACACGAGGCUGAGGCCGUCACCGCGUCGACACCCCAGCCAGGUACGAUAGCCGAGCGCGAGCACCGGAAGUGGGAGGCGGCGAUUCCUCUGGCCAACAAUCCUUACGCUCCCGAGAGAUUAGUGCAGCGUCUAUCGCACUCAAGGUCCUCCUCCACCACGCACAUCCCAAGGGCUCUCAGAGUCGACUUCCCCGAGGACUCACCGAAGGACCUGGACCCGAGCCUCCGCGCCGGCGUGCCCCCGCAGGCCGACCUUAAGAGGUACAGCCGCGACUACUACGUGGCGACGUCGGCGAGUAACUCUGGCUGGCAGAGGAGUCCUCAGGCGCAGCACAUCUCACAGCAACCCCAGCCGCGGGCCUUCCAGCCCCAGCUGGCCAACGGACACUACGUCUCCACCUCACGGUCGACGUCGGACCUUGUGAGCUCCCAGGUCCACAUCCGGCUGACGGCGGGCGUGAGCGAGAGCGCGUGCGACCUGAAGAAGGCGUAUCCUGAAGGAGCGACUGAGGAUCUGCUGCAGGAGGAAGAGGAGGAUUCGAGCCAGUCGCAGGAAGGCGGGGCGAUCCGGGCUUCCAGACGCACGGAUUGGAAGGAUGAGCUCAGAGAUAUUCAGGCCGCCCGUGUUGAGCGCGAAGUAGCGAGGUUCCAGCGCACGAUCGACGAAACGCAGAGGCGCUGGGAGGAGAACUACGCCCGCGCCGCCCCUCGCUCCGCGCCCGCCACAGGGCAUUCCGACAGCUCGACGGAAGGGCUUCACAACCCGCGACCCGCUGCCUACCUGGUGCCUCCUCGGCAUGAUCUGUGGCGGACAGUGAGCGUGGACACCCUCGGCGAGCCGGCGAGAGACAGGACGACGCUGCAGCCUCUCCUGCGCCACACCAGCGUCGACAACCUCAGGCCCUCGACGAAGGUGUCCAACCUGAGCCCGCUCGGCCCUAACCCCCGCCAGAACAGUAUGAACACAGUGAGUAGCCUGAGUAACAUCAACCUGAGCAAUAACUGCGGAGGGAGCAAGGCGGCGCCGAGCUACCAGCCCCAGCCAGCGCACGGCCAGUCAGUCGAGAGCAUGAGCGGCUACAGCGACGGGGAGAGCCACGGCGACGGCAACGACAGCGACGUGUCCACGAGCACGCCCGACAAGGUCCCCGUGCUGCCGUCAGUCAGGAAAUUGGCUUCGAAGUUCGACGUCGCGAGCAGAGAGAGGGUCAAUGAUUUAGAUAAGCACGGGAAAGAUGGUUCUCUUGCAUUUAAUGGAAAGAAGAACAUCUUCAUCGAGAAAUCCUCCCCAACUGACCCGCCGUACAUCAGGAACCUCACCAACAACCUCAACAAGAGAACCGAGAAGACCUAUAACGUUAAGGAGGUAAGGUCUUUGCCCAACAGAUCUAACACCACACACGACCCCCAACCCGCUUCUGACACUGACACUUACUUUACUGAUCAUGACGACUCUGAGUUUGACGAUCAGGCCACAGUGACCAGUGUCAGCUUGCCUCCGACGCCCCAUUCGCUCAAUGGGGGACUCAGCUACAGCACUUCCAGCCUCUUAGACUCCGACUCUUGCUAUUCACUGGACUCUAGGGACCAGAACCAAGCCUCCCCCGGCGAGGAAGCGGCCAAGACCAUUUUCGGGGUCACGCUGCGGAAGGUCAGUUCUUCAUCUGGGAGCAGGUCGUCCGUGUCCAGUAAUUCCCUUCGAACAAAUGACGAAUCUACCUGGCAUAACAGCCACUAUGACCGACAGAACUCUUAUUCCAGCUCAGUUGAUUUGCAUCACGAAAGGACUCCGAUUUCAGAAACAGACAGCGAUUCCGAUGCCCCCAACGCCCUUCGGCAAGUAACGAUUAUCAAAAUUGAUGACAAAACAAAACAUGAGUAUCAGAGCAUGACAGAUUUGUCUCUAAAAUAUCCCAAGGAACAUGACAAUCAAAGGAGGUACAGCAGCACCUUGAACCUUGCUUCAGAAAGUGAAUUUGCUGGAGCAAAUCAACCCGUCCGGAAGACGUCUCUGCAGGCGCUUCCUCCCCUCCAGCCCCUGAGUGCAAAUUCCAGGCAGAAGAGCAUGCCAAACCUCGCUGCGAUGCCCAGCAUAGCUUUUGCGCCAAAGGGACGCAAAAGGUCAAUGCGCGAUUUCCUUAAGAGUUAUCAGAGACAGACAUCCCUGAGUGAGAUUAACAGGAUCGAGGAAAAAGUUGAGGAGGAGUGGAAUAACCAGAGGAAUGGACACGUCCCUCUGCAGCGCAUGACUUCAGCACCUGCAUGGAAUCAUAACAGUUUCCAUGAAGAGCAGAAUUUAUCUCAGAGUAGAGACAUACAACCAGUUCAGGAGGCAGUAGCAAAACAUGAAACCUCCUCUCCUGUUCUAGAAACUGAACAAACACAAAGAACAAAUGAUAUUGAGUCACCACCACCUGUUGCAUGUCAGAAUUCUCUGCCACCCACGAACCAUAGUUCUAAGAUAGAAUAUCCCUCUUAUGAAGAAGAGAUUGGCCAGGGAGUCAAGAAUGUCCAGCAUGAAUCUGAUGAUGAAUCAAGUAUGUCUGACAGUACAGUUACCUCAGACACUCCAGAACAAGACGAUACAAAGAAAGCACCCAUGAAGAGGGCUAAAAGUGUAUCUGAUCUGUUGAAGCUUUACACAGACAUGGAAACCAAAGCUGGAAGACCGCCAAGUAGAAUUUCAAAGAAAGAAUUAUUCGGUUCACAAGACCUACUCCGUAAAAAAACAAUUCAGCAAAGUCAUGAAGAGGAACUGAUCCAGAGGGAAUUUGUGCAGUCACGCGAACAAGUGCGAGGGAAAAUGACCCAAGGAACCAGCCUUGAGGAAAAGUUUUCACCAAAUGCUUUCCUUGAGGACCAAAGAGUAGAGAACUCAGUGGAAUAUGUUGGAACCGCGCCCGAUCUGUCAAAGACAUACAUGCAAGAACAAGUCCAAAGUGAACCGAAUCAAGAUACAAGUACAAAUGAAGUGCCGUCACCAAGGGUUGUUCUUGACGAUGGGAAAGUGAAGGAUUUCUUAGAAUAUAUUGAAGGUGGGUCUUAUACAUCGACCCCAGACAGUGCAAAGGAACCAAACACCACUGAAGGAACGACUGAAAUGGACACACACAAAAAGCCAUUGGUAAAGGCUAAAAGCAUUUCAGACCUUUUGAAAUUAUAUUCUGAUAAACAGAGCAAUGGAGAAGAGACACCUUUGAGACAACCCACAGAAGAUUCGAAGGUGAAAGCAAACAAAACUAUCAUAACUCUCUCUGACAACGAACAAUAUCCAAAAAUACAAUCAACUUCUGCAAAAGUAAUCUCUGUUGAAGAGCCUGUGUCCGUGCACAGAUCCAGAGGCCUUGAGAACAUUCCACUUAAACCGUCUGUAAUUUCCAGCAAAGCCAGCUCGUAUGAUCAGCCAGACUCGAAGACACCAAAGCUUCAGCAUGAUCUCCGCAGAAGUCCAAAGACAAAUGCCAAAAAUACAGGGACAAUUACCUCAGGCAGUGUACCCUCUGAAAAGCCUGUUCUCUCACAAAAUACAAAACCAUUCGGUAAGACUUCCAGAUCAAACGAGAAAAUGAACGACAAUGUUACUAACAAAGAUAGAAAUGGAAAUUCAAUUUAUGAAGGAGAGGAUAACAGAACAGUCAUUAGUGUUUCAGACAAUUCGCCUCAUUCCCUUUUCCAUGCCAGUAUCAUUAAUAUAGACAGUGAAGAUAGUGGUUACUCGCCUGUAAAGUAUCCUUCUUAUAAUGACGCACAUCAUUAUCCCCCAUUGGAAGAUGAGAACACAGGCAAAGGAUAUUAUUCUACCAGCAACCCAGAGGUGAAAUAUUCCCAAGUCAUUCCUAUUGAAAUGGACAACCGCUCGUCACAGAAUAGACCAAAGAUGAUUUCCGAAGACACAAAUGACUACCCAGUGCAAGUGAUUGAGGCGGAGUCAAAGGGACCUCAUGUUACAGUCAUUUCCCUCACAGAAGCGCCCUCUUCUGUGCCCCCUCCUGUGCUUCCUCCUGCACCGCCCUCUUCCGAUGAGAGCAGUGAGGAAGAAGCGAUGUGCGAUCCUCGGUCCCUCACGAAAAUGAUCGUCCACGGAUCCCGAUGCGGAAGCAGCACCAACAGAAGACCCGGCCAGAGAAAGAAAAGCAUAACGGCGGCCUCCGUGCCCCUUAACUCUCCAUUCUCACCAGUCAGGAGAAAGGCUUCGCUCUCUCCCGACGGUACAGUCAUCUCCCCGACAGCCGUCACCACUUCCCCGACAUUCACAGACGCCCCUUUGCUUAAAACGAAGCUAGGACCGCAGUACUCCUUUGACGAAGGGGUCGACCUGACGCUGAGUGACGCUGACCUUGCCCAGUCAGCCGUCUCAACCGAGUCGAAGUCAACCAGCAGUGUGGACACCAUCGGCAAGGACAGCCCCGAGCCCAGGGUACUGUGCGACUAGAGGCACGCGUGCAUGACACAGAAAGGGUCAAGAGAAUGAGGUUCACAGCCUAACGGCGCGCUGCGUUCCUCGGCGAUUCCGCGAGGGCUUGAAGGAGCACCCGGCGAACGGCCACAUGACCUCGAAGACGCAGCCCACCCACACUUGUCCCUCUCCCAG